GAAAGGCCAUCUUACGCCCCACCUCCUACCCCAGCUCCUGCAACCCAAAUGCCCAGCACCCCAGGGUUUGUGGGAUACAAUCCAUACAGCCAUCUGGCCUACAACAACUACAGGCUGGGAGGGAACCCGGGCACCAACAGCCGGGUCACGGCUUCCUCUGGUAUUACCAUUCCAAAGCCCCCCAAACCCCCAGACAAGCCCCUGAUGCCCUACAUGAGGUACAGCCGGAAGGUCUGGGACCAAGUGAAGGCGUCCAAUCCUGAUUUGAAGUUAUGGGAAAUUGGCAAGAUUAUUGGAGGAAUGUGGCGAGAUCUCACUGAUGAAGAGAAGCAAGAGUAUUUGAAUGAAUAUGAAGCUGAAAAGAUAGAGUACAAUGAGUCCAUGAAGGCCUACCACAACUCCCCAGCAUACCUGGCCUACAUCAACGCCAAGAGCCGCGCCGAGGCGGCGCUGGAGGAGGAGAGCAGGCAGCGGCAGUCGCGCAUGGAGAAGGGGGAGCCCUACAUGAGCAUCCAGCCCGCAGAGGACCCCGAUGACUACGAUGACGGGUUCUCCAUGAAGCACACGGCGACCGCUCGGUUCCAGAGGAACCACCGGCUCAUCAGUGAGAUCCUAAGCGAAAGCGUCGUCCCCGAUGUCCGCUCCGUUGUCACCACAGCCAGGAUGCAAGUUCUUAAACGCCAGGUUCAGUCCUUGAUGGUUCAUCAGCGUAAACUGGAGGCUGAGCUGCUCACUGAAUCCUUUAACAACGAGCUUAAAAGGUUAUGCGGUUUGAAGGUGGAAGUGGAUAUGGAAAAGAUUGCAGCUGAAAUUGCUCAGGCUGAGGAACAGGCUCGCAAGAGGCAGGAGGAAAGGGAAAAAGAAGCAGCUGAGCAAGCAGAACGCAGCCAGAACAACGUGGCAGCUGAGGAGGAACAGGCAGCUAAUAAGAUAGAGGAGAAAAAAGAAGAGGAGAGUGCUCCAAUGGAGACAGAAGAGCCUCACCCAGAGGAGAGUACAGAAAACCAGCAGAAUGGAGAAGAAGGAACAUCUACCCCAGAUGAUAAGGAGAGUGGGCAGGAGGGGGUGGACAGCACUGCAGAGGAGGGAACCAGUGACAGCAACACUGGCUCAGAAAGCAACAGUGCCACCGUGGAGGAGCCUCCUGCAGACCCCAGUGCUGAGGACAGCGAGAAGAAAGAAUAA